AUGGGAUCAGUUGAGCGAACCGUGCCCCAGAUGAGCUCCCGCAGGACUCACACACUUUCCCGUAUCACAAAUGAAACAAAGGUUCAAAUCUCGAUUUCGCUCGACGGAGGCCCUUUGCUCCCAUUCGAGACAUCUGAGCACUUCACGGAACCCAUAUCAGCAGCCCAGCAAAAGGCUCAUCCAGAUGUCGAAUUUCCUCUUCCCAAAUCACAUCAUGCAACUCAAAUAACUGCUUCCCAGCAAAUCUCCAUUUCAACAGGCAUUGGUUUCCUUGAUCAUAUGCUUCACGCCGUAUCGAAACAUUCCGGCUGGUCCUUGGCUGUUCGAGCAAAGGGAGAUCUUGUCAUAGAUGACCAUCAUACAGCUGAAGAUGUCUUUCUCGGUCUUGGGACUGCUUUCAAUGCUGCUCUGGGCAAACGAGUUGGCAUCGUACGGUUUGGCAGAGGCGAUGCUCCUCUCGAUGAGGCCUUAUCUUGGGCUGUCAUUGAUCUAUCCAACCGGCCAUACAGUGUAAUCGACUUUGGCUUCACAAGGGAGAAAAUUGGUGACCUCAGCACCGAGAUGCUGACCCAUGGACUGGAAAGCUUUGCUCAAGCAGCAAGCGUCACCCUGCACGUCAAGACUGUCUACGGGCACAACAACCAUCACAGAGCGGAAAGUGCUUUCAAAGCUCUUGCGGUGGCGAUCAGACAAGCCUGUGAGAGAAGGGCAGAGGGUAGCGUGGGAAGUGGAGAUGUUACGAGCACUAAAGGGGUUCUAGGUUCCAAUGUCAACAACUAG